CAGGCUCUUUGCCGCUUGUCUGUUCUCUGUGUAGCUGAGCCGGAGGAAUGUGGUGCAGCCGCCUUCUGAGCUACCCCCUCUCGCAGGGGCAAUGCAGUUCCUACAGGGCAAGGACUGCCCUGGCCCAACUCAACCACGUCCUGGAGGCUGAGCUAGAGAGCAUCCGAGGCGCUGGUACCUGGAAGAGUGAGAGGGUUAUAACAUCAAAACAAGGGCCACACAUCCAUGUAGAAGGCAGCAGAGGAGAGAUCCUGAAUUUCUGUGCCAAUAACUAUCUAGGGCUCUCCAGCCACCCUGAGGUGAUCCGCUCUGGACUAGAGGCCCUGGAGAAGUUCGGAGCUGGCCUCAGCUCUGUCCGUUUCAUCUGCGGGACUCAGAAUAUACACAAGAACCUGGAGGAGAAGAUCUCUCGUUUCCACCAGAGAGAAGAUGCUAUCCUCUAUGCCAGCUGCUUUGAUGCCAAUGCUGGUAUCUUUGAGGCACUGCUGACCCCAGAAGAUGCAGUGCUGUCAGACGAGCUGAAUCACGCCUCCAUCAUUGACGGCAUCCGCCUGUGCAAGGCCAAUAAAUACCGCUACAAGCACAUGGACAUGCAGGACCUGGAGGCCAAGCUGCAGGACGCACAGAAACACCGCCUGAGGCUGGUGGCUACCGAUGGUGCCUUUUCCAUGGAUGGUGACAUCGCCCCAUUGAAGGAGAUCUGCAGCCUGGCCCAGAAAUACCAGGCCCUCGUCUUCAUCGAUGAGUGCCACGCCACUGGCUUCCUUGGGCCCAAUGGGCGGGGUACUGAUGAACUGCUGGGAGUAAUGGACCAGGUGGACAUUGUCAACUCAACACUGGGGAAGGCACUUGGAGGAGCAGCAGGUGGCUACACAACUGGCCCCAAGGCCCUUAUUGACCUGCUGCGCCAGCGCUCCCGCCCGUACCUCUUCUCCAACAGCCUGCCUCCUGCUGUCGUGGGCUGCGCCUCCAAGGCCUUAGACCUGCUCAUGGAGAGCAACGCCAUCGCGCAGUCCAUGGUGGCCAAGACCAGGCGGUUCCGAAGCAAGAUGGCUGCAGCUGGAUUCAGCAUCUCCGGGAAUGAUCACCCCAUUUGCCCUGUGAUGCUGGGCGAGGCCCGGCUAGCGUCAGUGAUGGCUGAUGACAUGCUGGAGAGAGGCAUUUAUGUCAUCGGCUUCAGCUACCCCGUGGUCCCCAAGGGAAAGGCGCGGAUCCGGGUGCAGAUCUCAGCCGUCCACAGCGAGGAUGACAUCGACCGCUGCGUGGAGGCCUUCACAGAGGUGGGGCAUAAACAUGGAGCGUUGCCCUGACUAGCCAGCUAGCACAGGGGAUGUGAUGGGGCCUUUCCACAAGCAAGACCGUGCCUAGCCUGGGGAAGAACCAUAACCAGAGUGAUGCCCAGAAGAUAGUAGGAUGUUGAAGAUAAAGGGAUCCUGGCCUCUGGGAGGCGUUAGCCACCAUAGCGUUCACAGUGGUGGGGGCGAUGGUUUGGGAGUGGCUCUUCAUGUUACAACACGCAUUAAAGAUUCAGCCAAGACACAAAAUCGGCACAAACAAGCAUCCUGGUGUGAUUCUCCCAUACCAGGCCCGCAGUCUGUUCUUCCCCUCUUUCCCGCUGCUGCCUGCAGAGUUGAGGAGCCCGGAGGGGUGGGGAAAUGGUGUUUUCCCCUGAAGACUGCCAUGGAGGGUGGGGGGUUAGAGCCUGCUGUUAGUAACCACUGUACACUUAAAAGGCAUGGUUCAUCUUAGCCCCUCUGAACAGUUCCAGUGGCAUAAAGGGGCUGGAAAGCCAGCAGAUCUGUCCCCUAGGGAAUUCCCCCAGUGCAGAGGGGAGCUGGCAUAACAGCUCUAUGCCAUGCCCAUUGGUGCACCACCUCACUCUAACUGCUGCAAAGGGCCCAUUAGCCCUGACUGGGAUGUUGGUGCCACUGUCGCUAGGGGGUUGGGGCCACUCUCCCCUCUCUGUUAAUAGUUUCCAUGCCGCAUUGGCCAUUUUAAGCCCUUAUGUUCAAGUUGCUACCCCGGUCUUCAGAACACUUCGCCUCCCGUGUUUGUCUCUGCUCUUCCUCUGUAGGAGGCAGAGGACAUGCAGCUCAGUAG